AUGGAUUUACAUUUCCCUAUUGUCCCAUCGUUCGACCGUUUCCAGCCGAGCCCUGCCAAACGAUUCGUGGCCUUGACACAGCGUCCCGGCUUCCUUGGUCCAGCUUAUAUCGAUAACAUCUUUCGUGGUCUCAAGCCCGUGCAUCCUGACCAAUUAAUGGGAGAGUGGGACGGAUUCGUUCUAUCUACAGGGCAUCCGUUUGAGAAAGAACUGGACGAGUUGAAUUGGUUCGGCAACACAUUUGAUUCUACCGAGGAUGUCGCUCCGCUCAUAGUGGCGAGAAAUGGGGAGAGGAUACGUUUUGAAGAUUGGGGAAGUGCUUCGUUACGCGAGGUAAAAUACCAAGGCGUGGUCUCCGCUUCUCUGGUCUACGACGAACGGCCAGUCAUCGUAUACUAUCGAGCUGUACGUCCAAACAUGGUUGCAGGUGUCAUGGAAAAUAAAAGUUUUGGUAGAGCAGGAAAGUUCUAUUUCUAUCUUACGAAGUAA